GAAGGAAAGGAAAGAAAGUUCGCAAACCGUCCAGACCAGGUUAGACUGCCAGCACACCCUACCGUCUAGCUCCUCAUUUUCCAGGUAACUAGCGCUUUAAGACGCCGCCUUAAAAUCACAGUGCCUGUCCCUUUUUCGCGUAGCACACCAGCACAGCUGCUGUGUUUUCUUCAAAGCGGCUAUACAGGCUGUUGCCACCUGAGGCUAAAUGCUAACCCUGCUACCUUCAAACCUUAGACCGCCUGAUUUUUUCUGCUAGUGAUCAUGGCCGCAGCAACAUCAUCGCUGGCCAAACUAGCAACUGUCGCUGGCGCCACUGCCACCUCAGCGUACGCCUUGUACAGACUGUGGCAGCUCACCACUACCGUCGCCACUGACCCCACUCGCCUGUGCGGUGGUACUGAUUGGGCAUGGGCGCCUGACAACGAGUGCUUCCGUAGCAGCUUCCUGUGGCCCACCUUGAUUCUUAUCUCGACUGGUGGCGGCUCAGCGUACCUUGCUGCGAAGACGCUGCUGUGCAAUGAUCAGGCUGUCGCUUCGCAAACCGCACGCAGACCCCCAGGCAAAGUUGUGGUUGUGGACAACCGCCCGUCUGUGGGCGCCUUGAUUGCCUUGCUGGCAAUUGCUCAAGAGGCACUGGCAGUUGCGUGGGCAGCCUCGUCGACGACCCUCACUGAUCAGCUGCUGGCAUGCAGCCUGGGGCUCGGCAGCCUGCUGGUGGCAAUCACCUCGGUGGUCAGCUACGUUGCUUUUCUGCGCAGCCGCGACCGCCUGUCAUACCAGGGCUUGUUCCCGAACUACAUUCCAAAGCUCACUAGUGUUUUGCUGGUGCUCGGCUUCGGCGAGAUGUACUAUUCGUUCUUCACGCCCGGCACCAGCGAUGUGCCGUUCUGGUUUGGUGCCACGAGCCGCUCCCGGUUCCUGGUGUCAACCACCACAGUGAGCUUUGUCCUGAUUGUCCUGUUCUCUAUUGUGCAGCACGGGGCUGCGUUCCUGCGCCCGGAUAUGCCCGAGGACGCCGGAACAGAAGUGUCCUCCAGAUACGAGGCAAUUGAGUCCAGCAGCGCCGAUCAGGAGCUGACACCGCUGGCGCAACUGCGCGGCCGGAAGCAGCCCGAUCUCAUUGACACACCUGAGCCCAACAUGUCGUGGUACAGCAAGCUGAUGUUCUCAUGGUCCAACGACUUUCUGCGCAAGGGCGGAAAGCGCCAGCUCGACUACCCGGACAUGUACGUUCUGGAGCACCGCGAUACCCCCGUGCCUAACUGGAGCCGCUACCUCAAGCACCGCAAGGCUGGACGCCCGCUGAUGGUGACGCUGCUGCUUACGUUUGCGCCAGAGCUCCUGGCGCAGCUGGGCAUGGCCACUCUUGCUGCGAUCCUGAAGUUCGCGGGGCCGUUCUUCCUGCAGCGCAUCCUGAGGUCAAUUGAUAUCCUGGGCACGCACAAGGACGAGCCGGCGUCAAAGAGUGUGCGCGGCGCAUACCUAGAUGCGUUUGGUCUGCUGUUCUUUUCUAUCCUGACUUCGCAGCUGACGAACCAGGUUCUGUGGAUUGGCAGACAUAUCGGCAUGCGCAUCAAGGGCAUGCUUGUUGCGGAGCUGUCAACCAAGACGCUCAGGCGCCGCGGAAAGGGCUCAUGGGAGGACGAAAAGAAACCCAGCGACGACGAAAAAGAGGGUGAGGAGGAUGAGCCUGCGACCGCGCAGGCAGCCGCCGAUGGAAAGAUUAUGAACUUGCUGACGGCUGACUUCCAGCGUGUCACCGAGGUUGCUGCCUAUAUGGACCAGCUCUACUCGUUGCCUCUGUCGCUGGUGGUUGGUAUCUGGUAUAUGUACCAGCUGCUGGGCAUAUCUGCGCUGGUGGGCAUGUCGAUCACUGUCGUGUACUAUCCUCUGUCCAAGAUACUGUUCGCGUACAUGACCAAGAUCGAGGAGAAGCUCAAUGCCAUCAGCGACGAGCGCAUCACAGUGAUCACCGAGCUUCUGCAGGGCAUCAAGGCCGUCAAGCUCUUUGGCUGGGAGUCGCGGUUUAUCGAGAAGGCGGAGCAGAAGCGCGAGCGCCAGCUCAGCUACCAGUGGAAGAUGGUGUUUGCCUGGGUGCGCGUGAUGGCAGCAUCGUCGCUAGCGCCCAUGAUGGUGCUGGUGAUCAUCCUGGCCAUGUACGUGGUGGGCUUUGGAAACCCGCUGACCGCCGAGAUUGCGUUCACGUCGAUUUCCGUGUUCCAGAUUAUUCGUAUUACUUUCGAGCACUUCCCUGGGUUCCUUAACUGGGUGGUUGGUGCGUAUGUGUCGCUCGGCCGUAUCGAGUCGUACCUGGGCCAGCCUGAGGUGCACACUCUGCUGAUGGCUUUGGGCUUUGUCGACGCUGACCUUGUCUGGGAUGUAUCCAACGUUGAUAUCGACGAGUCCGUCAGCCAGGCGAGCAGUGACGAGCCAACCAAGGUCAGCACGCCGCAGAUGGAAAGUUCCGGAUCGAAGGACAAUGCCGCCGAUGAGACUACGCCGCUGCUGCCCUCGACGUCUGUCAUCGGUGAUGCGCUGAUCAGCAAGGCACCCGAGGCAAUGGCUGUGUUUGGACUCAAGAACAUCUCGGUGCAGUUCCCACAGGGCGGUCUAUCGGUUAUUGCUGGGCCGACCGGCAGUGGCAAAUCAUCGCUGCUGUCGGCACUCAUUGGCGAGAUGUCGCUGGUCCGUGGAACAAUCCUGCUGCCGACCAUCAAUCCAGCCCGCGUUAUUGGACUUGGUGAUCCCUAUGGAGACAUCAUCAAGCUGUCUGAGGAGGGCUUGGCGAUCCGCGAUAUUGCCUAUGUUGCGCAGGAGGCAUGGCUGCGCAAUGCCACCAUCCGCGAGAACAUCCUGUUCGGCGAGCCGUAUGAUCAACAGCGGUACGAGGAGGUGCUGCGUGUCUGUGCACUGAAGCCUGAUCUGCGGAUCCUGACUGCUGGCGACCAGACCGAGAUUGGCGAGCGCGGCGUGACGCUUUCGGGAGGCCAGAAGCAGCGUGUUGCACUGGCCCGUGCGGUGUACUCGGACCGCAAGAUCCUGCUUAUUGACGACUGUCUGUCGGCUGUCGAUGCGCACACUGCCAAGCACAUCCUGAUGGAGUGUCUGCUGAACAAGACGUCGCUGAUGCACGGCCGCACCCGUGUCCUCGUCACCCACCACGUGUCGAUGUGCCUUCCGUAUGCGCAGUACAUCGCGGUGAUGCGCGAGGGCGAGAUUGCGCUCAAGGGCAAUCCGCAGGAGCUGCAGGCAAUGGGCAAGUUCUCGGCGACUCUUGCUGAGCUCGACACCAAGGACAACACAAAGGCUGAGGAAGGGUCGAAGGGCAAGGAGGUUGAGGACAUCGAGGAUGAGGGCAGUGCUGAGCGCGCCAAGGCUGUCAACGAUCCGACGUCGGAGGACGAGUACAACAUUGAGCGACUGCGCAAGCUGGCUGUGGCCAAGGGUCUGGACCCCACUGCUGACCUGUCGGCAUUCGAGGGUACGCUGAUUGAGGAUGAGGAGCGCGAGGCCGGGUCCGUCAAGGGCGCUGUGUGGCUCACAUACUUCAAGGCUGCUGGUGGUCGCUGGUACUGGAUUCUCUCGAUUAUACUGCUGGCCUUCACACAGGUGCUCACGGUUUUGCAGGACUACUGGGUUCGGAUCUGGGUACAGUCGGCCAAGGAGCCCUCGUCCUCUGUCUACGCAUCGCUUGCCAUGUCUCCCGUUGCUCUGCCUGACAUGAGCCGUCCGAUUGUCAACAGCUUGUCCUCUGUGUUUGCUGUCCUCCCGGCGGCUGACGAAGUGGUUGUGCAGUCAGUGCAACAGCACUCUGCGAAAUACUGGCUUGGUAUCUACUUCCUCAUCGGCGUGGUGGGUAUUGUGUGGCGUGGAGUGCAGAUUAUGUACGUCUUUGGCGGUGCGAUCCGCGCCUCACGUAAGCUGCACUCCGAGCUGCUGCAGGCUGUAGUGCACGCAACACCGCGCUUCUUUGAUUCGACACCGCUGGGCCGUAUCAUCAACCGGUUCUCGCGCGACAUGCAGACCGUCGACGAGUGGACCAUGGAUAUCCUCGUGUGGUGGCUGCUGGACAUCAUGGGUCUGAAGCGUAUCGAAUCCAACACCAUGUCACCGCUGCUGUCGCUGUUUGGAGAGUUGAUUCUAGGAGUCACCUCCAUCCGUGCGUUUGGCCUCAAGAAGUACUAUAUUAAGGAGGCAGUUAACCGGAUUAACGCUCAGAACCAGCCGUUCUACCAGGUGUGGGCGGCGAACCGGUGGCUGUGUGUGCGCGUGGAUCUGGCAGGUGCCAUGGUCGCAUUUGCAUGCUCGCUGUUUAUUCUGAUGAACCUGCGCUGGAUGGACGCUGGUCUGGCUGGAUUUGCGCUGUCGUAUGCGCUGAUGUUCUCAGGAGCGUAUGCUCUGAACAUGAACGCGGUCGAGCGCAUCACGCAGUACAUGAAGGUUGAGCAGGAGGCUAGUGCUCAGUCAACGCCUGAGAACAAGCCUGCGAGCAACUGGCCCAGGACCGGUGACCUUGAGAUCGAGGAUCCUGGUCAUCGACACGGCGAGAAGAUCGGUGUGGUUGGCCGCACCGGCGCUGGCAAGUCGACGCUGUCGCUGGCGUUCCUGCGGUUCAUCGAGGCAGCCAAGGGCCGGAUCGUGCUCGACGGGGUCGACAUCUCGAAGAUUGGCCUGGAGGAUCUCCGCCGCAAUGUCACGAUCAUCCCGCAGGACCCAGUGCUGUUCAACGGCACCAUCCGCUUCAACCUCGACCCGUUCAGCGAGUACCCCGAUGAGAUUGUGUGGGAUGCGCUGCGCCGUGCGCAUCUGGUGCGCGAGCGCGGCAGCCAGACCGCCAGCACUGCGACCAGCACUGCGACCAGCACUGGCCGUCGCAUGUCGGGCAUCUUCAAUAGCCUGGAGGCCGAGAUCAAGGAGAACGGGCAGAACCUGUCGCUGGGUCAGCGUCAGCUGGUGGCGCUGGCUCGCGCUCUGGUGCGCCGGUCGCGACUGAUCAUUAUGGACGAGGCGACAGGCCGCACGAUCCGUGGCUCCGAGUUUGCCAACUCGACCCUGUUCUGCAUUGCUCACCGGCUGCGCACCAUCAUCGACUAUGACCGUGUGCUGGUACUGGACAAAGGCAAGGUUGCCGAGUUUGACACUCCGGCCAACCUGCUCAACAGGCAGGACGGCAUCUUCCGCAGUAUGUGCGAAAAGUCUGGCGAGCUUGAGCACCUAGUCCAUGCGGCGCAGCGCAAGGCUGAUAAUUAG